AAAACAGCACACAGUAAGUACUCUGGGAUUUGGAUUUUCCAUGAUUCCUCGAUAGAUGCAUUUCUCUUUUCUCUAGUGGAAUUAUUAACAAAAAUUAUUUUACAAAGUAGAAAAAAAGAAAAAGUUGAAAAAAAUAAGCAGCCUGAAAAAAAAAAAAAGCUUAUAAUCGAUUAAUGUUCUUAAUAAACUCCAUGAUUGAUUUUAUGCUUCAAUUGCUCUUCAGCCCUUCCUUUUUCUGAUCUGCACCAAAAAACCCCUUUUUCAGCUUUUCUUAAAAAAAAAAAAACUUUAGGAGAGAGAAAGCGAUGAGGAACGCCAUCUUCUUCUUCUUCUUUGUAGUCCCCUUCGUCGCCUCUCUGUUUAAAUUCCAAGCUCAAGCUGCACCUGCUGGGCCGUUGAUUAAGCACUUGUCAUCGCUUGUGAAAUGGAGUAGGUCAUCUUCUAAAACACCCCACCAAUCAGAUGGGAAUUUGCUUCAAUUCGAAGAUGGGUAUCUAGUUGAGACCGUAGUUGAAGGGAAUGAACUAGGGGUUGUGCCGUACUCGAUUCGUGUGUCGCAAGACGGAGAGCUCUUCGCCGUCGAUGCUGUUAAUAGCAACAUUGUUCGAAUCACUCCCCCACUCUCUCAGUACAGUAGGGCAAGAUUGGUUGCAGGGUCGUUUCAGGGACACACGGGCCAUGUGGAUGGAAAACCAACCGAUGCUCGAUUUAAUCAUCCAAAGGGAGUUACGGUGGACGACAAAGGAAAUGUUUAUGUGGCCGACACAUCAAAUCUUGCCAUUAGAAAGAUUGGCGAAGCAGGUGUGACGACUAUUGCUGGAGGAAAAUCGAAUGUUGCGGGAUACAGGGAUGGGCCAAGUGAAGACGCGAAAUUUUCGAAUGAUUUUGAUGUGAUAUACGUUAGGCCAACUUGCUCGUUAUUAGUUAUCGACAGAGGAAAUGCGGCUCUUCGCCAAAUCGCUCUGAGUAAAGAGGAUUGCGAUUACGAGAACAGCUCUGUCUCGUCUACAGAUCUUCUUAUGGUCGCCGGUGCUAUUUUAGUAGGGUACGUUUCGUGCAUUCUUCAACAAGGAUUUGGUUCCUCCGUUUUCUCCAAGAUGAAAGGGGAUCCAGGAUAUAAACUAGAGGAGCAACAGUCGAGCAACGAUAGAGCCACCCCAGUUGACACAACUGCCAAGGAAGAACAAAUAGCCGGAUGGCCAUCGUUCAGUCAACUCAUGUGGGACCUAGCCAAAGUGGCACUCGAAGCAUUGACCAACGUCUUUGUUCAAUCCAUCCCCUCGAAUCUGAAGGGCAAAAUUACCAAAAGAGGCGGCCUCACUCCACUAAAAGAUUCCCUCAUUAUGCCCGAAGAUGAAACCGUGCCACCUCCUUCGUCCACCUCAGCUCUAAAACAGAGAACUCCCACUCCUCUUUCCGAAACAAGGCGGGCCCACGUCCAGAAUAUUCCUAGCGACGGAUUCUCCGAAGCGAAACCACCUUAAAUAAGAUCCACUAGCAUGAAAGAUCCUUCUUUACCGAGCAAGCACAGAUCUUCUAGAAGGCAAGAAUAUGCCGAAUUUUACGGAUCGGGCGAGGCUACUCAAUAUGGACAAGUUAGAUCGAAGAGCCAGAAAGCCACGCACCAAACAUCGACAAAGGGAGAAAAACGGAGAUGCAGUGGCAGAGACAAAGCCUUCUGAAGUCAAAGGAACUAGCUACGAGAGUACUAAGUAUGAUCCUUAUAAUUUUAGGGCCAAGUAUGGUGGUGAUACAUAUCGUUAUGAAUAGUAGAAUGCUCGUUUUAGUAGUCUCGGGUUUUUUUUUUUUUUUUUUUUUUUUUGACGACCAUGAAUCACUUUUUAGGGAAAAACCGAAUUUCGAAAGCGAUGUAAUAGGCUAAUGGGCAUGACCCUCUUAGUUUUCAGCUGUUGUUAUAAACGAGGUUUAUUUGACACAUUUGAAUUAACGGGUAUAAAUAUUCGACUUGUGAAAG